CUGUCCCUGCGGGUGGUGCUGUGACACACGCGCUUACACAGGGUCUGACUUCGGGGUCAACUUCUACAUGGCUUCGUGCGGGUGCGUGUGUGUGCACAGCCGUGACUGUACGCGCGUGCACAUCCCCGUUUCUCAUACCCACCUCCCAUCGCCAGGAAGGGUCCCAACCCCAUGACACUCGGGGACUUGGGCUCCACGGCGCAGUUCAGUGGCCUGGGGCACCGGCAGGGGAUGCCGGCAGGGCCAGGAAAAGGAGGAGAGGCUGGGUCGGCGUCCUGAGAUGUCCCUACAGCUCCAGCCAACUUCCCCUCGGGGAGCCCUGACCCCCUCCCCGGGCCACCGACGGACGUGCAACGGCCCCCGCCCCUGCUCAGGUCCCCUCCCCGUGCGGCUCCCACGUCCGACCUGCCUCGCGCUCACAAAAUGAACCACCGCCUCGCGUCGCCGCGGCCGCUGCCGCCGCGCCCGCGCCCGAGCUCGAGAGCCGGAGCCGCCCGGCCCCUUCGGCGUCGCCGGCGCCGCGGCCGCCCUGCCUGCCCGGCCGGUCCGGGGCUGCUCCGAUCGCGCGGUCCCCGGCUCUUGACGCAGUGAGCGCCGCAGCCCGGCUCCCGCAGGCUCCUCUCCGCUCCCGGCGAGAGGCCGAUCCCCAAGCCUGGCGGACUCGGGGAGGGGCGGGUAGUGCGGGCGGGGGAGGAGGUCUGUCUGGAGCCAGCCAGAGCCCCGAGGAGGAAGAGGAGGAGGAAGCAGGGGCAGCCACCGCCGCUGCCGCCGCCGCCGCCGCCGCGGCGCUCCCGGGACUUGGGCGCGCGCGCUCUGCUAGCCGGCGACCGAGCCUCCAGACCUGGGGGCCGCAGCCCCGUUCAGCAGAGAGUACUUCAGGCAGAGGAGCUGGGAGAAGCCGCCAGGACGCACAGGCCCAUGGGAAAGCAGGCCGUGGUCACCUCAGGACCGGGGAGGACGACGUGGGGUGGCGGGCAGUGAGGGAGCUGUCCUCCCUCCCAGCACUUGCGCCAUGCAGCUUGGGACAGGACACCUCGGACAGUACAGGCAGUGACCCAUCCCACCCCUAAGUCCCCUGGGGGGGCACUGCCCAGCCCUCCACCCUGUCCCCACAGGCAGAGUGUCCCGAGAUGGCUGGGCAUGGGUGGGGUGCACCAUGGGUGCUUGUGGCAGCCGCCACAUUACUGCACGCGGGCGGGCUGGCCCAAGGUGACUGCUGGCUGAUCGAGGGUGACAAGGGCUUCGUGUGGCUGGCCAUCUGCAGCCAGAACCAGCCGCCCUAUGAGGCCAUCCCCCAGCAGAUCAACAACACCAUCGUGGACCUGCGGCUUAACGAGAACCGCAUCCGCAGUGUGCAGUAUGCCUCCCUGAGCCGCUUUGGGAACCUCACAUACCUCAACCUCACCAAGAAUGAGAUAGGCUACAUCGAGGACGGGGCCUUCUCCGGCCAGUUCAACCUCCAGGUGCUGCAGCUGGGUUACAAUCGGCUGCGCAACCUUACGGAGGGCAUGCUGCGGGGCCUGAGCAAGCUUGAGUACCUGUACCUGCAAGCCAACCUCAUCGAGGUGGUGAUGGCCAGCGCCUUCUGGGAGUGUCCCAACAUCAUCAACAUAGAUCUCUCCAUGAACCGUAUCCAGCAGCUGGGCAGCGGCACCUUCGCCGGCCUGACCAAGCUCUCGGUGUGUGAAAUUUACAGCAACCCUUUCUACUGCUCCUGUGAGCUGCUGGGCUUCCUGCGCUGGCUGGCCGCCUUCACCAAUGCCACGCAGACCCACGACCGGGUACAGUGUGAGUCACCUCCAGUCUACGCCGGCUACUUCCUGCUGGGCCAGGGCCGCCAUGGCCACCAGCGUAGCAUCCUCAGCAAACUGCAGUCUGUGUGUACUGAGGACUCCUACACAGCUGAGGUGCUUGGCCCACCUCGCCCAGUGCCAGGCCGGUCCCAGCCAGGACAUUCACCACCACCACCUCCACCGGAGCCUAGCGACAUGCCCUGUGUUGAUGAUGAGUGCUUCUCUGGUGACGGCACUACGCCGCUGGUGGUCCUCACUACCCUGGCCACUCAGAUGGAGGCCCGUCCCUCCAUGAAAGUCAAGCAGCUGACCCAAAACUCGGCCACCAUCAUGGUGCAGCUGCCGAGCCCGUUCAACCGCAUGUACACGCUGGAGCAGUACAACAACAGCAAAUCGUUCACCGUGUCCAAGCUGACCCAGCCUCAGGAGGAGAUCCGCCUCACCAACCUCUACACCCUCACCAACUACACAUACUGCGUGGUCUCCACCAGCUCUGGCACCCAUCACAACCACACCUGCCUUACCAUCUGCCUGCCCAAACCGCCCAGCCCACCUGGCCCCGUGCCCAGCCCCUCCACAGCCACCCACUACAUCAUGACCAUCCUGGGCUGCCUCUUCGGCAUGGUGCUGGUUCUGGGCGCCGUCUACUACUGCCUGCGCAAGCGGAGGCGGCAAGAGGAGAAGCAUAAGAAGGCGGUGGCGGCAGCGGCUGGCAGCCUGAAAAAGACCAUCAUUGAACUUAAGUAUGGGCCUGAGAUUGAGGCGCCUGGGCUAGCCCCGCUGACCCAGGGCCCGCUGCUGGGUCCCGAGGCUGUGACUCGAAUACCCUACCUGCCAGCCACCACCAGUGAUGUGGAGCAGUACAAGCUGGUGGAGAGCAGCGAGACCCCUAAAGCCACCAAGGGGAACUACAUUGAAGUGCGCACAGGGGAGCCGCCAGAACGCAGAAGCUGCGAGCUGAGCCGGCCCGGCCAGGAAACCCAGCACUCAGUGACGGAGAUCUCCACCAUCGCCAAGGAGGUGGAUCGGGUCAACCAGAUCAUUAACAAUUGCAUCGACGCACUCAAGUCUGAGUCCACUUCCUUCCAGGGCACCAAACCCGGGGCCGCGCCUGCCGCUGAGCCGCAGCUGGUACUGCUGUCCGAGCCUCUGGCUAGCAAGCACAGCUUCCUGUCCCCUGUAUACAAAGAUGCCUUUGGCCACGGUGGCCUGCAGCGGCACCACAGCGUGGAGGCUGCGCCCGGGCCCCCCAGGGCCAGCACUUCAUCCAGCGGUUCUGCACGUAGCCCUCGCUCCUUCCGGGCUGAGGCCACCGGCACACAUAAGGCCCCAGCCACUGAGACCAAGUACAUUGAAAAAAGCUCACCUGUGCCCGAGACCAUCCUCACUGUGACACCCGCGGCCACCGUGCUGCGGGCUGAGGCCGACAAGGGUCGCCAGUAUGGCGAGCAUCGGCACUCGUACCCCGGCUCCCACCCGGCUGAGCCACCUGCUCCGCCACCACCUCCACCCACUCAUGAGGGGCUCGGGGGCCGCAAGGCGUCCAUCCUGGAGCCUCUGACCCGGCCACGACCCCGAGACCUCGUCUACUCGCAGCUGUCCCCGCAGUACCAUAACCUGAGCUAUUCCUCCAGCCCCGAGUACACCUGCAGGGCGUCCCCGAGCAUCUGGGAGCGCCUCAGACUGAGCCGUCGGAGGCACAAGGAUGACGCAGAGUUCAUGGCGGCUGGCCACGCCCUGCGCAAGAAGGUCCAGUUUGCCAAAGAUGAGGACCUGCAUGACAUCCUAGACUACUGGAAAGGUGUGUCCGCCCAGCACAAGUCCUGAAUCUCCCUCCAUCCCUCGGCAGGGCCCAAGGCAACCCGGCCCUGUCCUCUCCGAAACUCGUGAUGCUCAGUGGACCAAAAAGGAUAGACCAUCCGCAGCAGCCAGCCCUGACUGAGACUCAACACUAAGCCCAACAUACGUGCACAAAACAAGGGGCUGCGGGGCUCAGCGCCUGGCCUGCAGGGACAGCAUGAGGAGGCCGCAGGUGGCCGGGACAGUAGAUAGACUAACUUUCAUGUAAACUGUACUGUGCCUGCUGCCUGGUGCAAGCAAGCAAGCAAGCCACACACACACACACACACACACACAUGCACACGCACACGCACAGGCACACACAAAUACACCCACACACAUUACACACAGCACAAGCAUGCACACAUGCACAAACACACACACACACACGCAUGCAUACACUCACACACAUGCACAUGCAUAUACAUGCACACACACACACACACACACACACACACACACACACACACGGGACUUCGGAAAACUGUGUCUUACGGGUGGGGGUGGGGGAGGGGGGAUUUUUUCCAUUAUCUUUCCUGUUUUGAGUCUUCUCUUCCUUUUCUCUCUUUCUUCUCUCUUUCCUCUUUCCUUUCUUCCUUUUUAAAAAAAUAUAUAUAUAAAAGUGAAAUUCUUUAAAAAAAAAAAAAAAGACCUAAAUCACCUAUCAUGGGGAGGGGGCGUGACCAAGUGUGGCCAGCUUCAUGGCACGCCCUAAAUAAGAUCUCCCAGUCUGCGGAGUGCAGAGGGGUGGAGCUGAGACCGAUGGACCUCCUGACUCUGGCAGUCUCCUGAGGCUGUGGGACCCCAGCAGGGGGACGGAGACUGUGCCUGGGGGCAGGACAGGGUGGUAAGAGGGGUGCAGGCUGGGAAGCAUUGUGAGGUCCCUCCCACCCCAGUCCCAUCUCCAUUGUACACUGUAGCUAUUGUAUUGUACAGAAAAAAAAAUCUAUAUUUGCAAAGUUUGCUGUAAAAUGAGAGAGAAAAAAGACUAUGUCUACUAAAAAAAAACUGCAAAGGAAA